GCACCAUGCUGAUUCCCUGGCUGUGGACAACUCUUCCGUGGAUUGUUCUCGGCCAGACCUACUAUUUGAGCUUUGUUUUCAACAACUUUCGGUACUCGGACAGACCAGCGGAAAUAUAUGCACCUGCUCUUGGGAUGCCCAACGAAAAGAAUAACAAAAACCAGGGAAUAAAAAACAAGGAGCAGGACACCCUGGAGCUGGAUUCGGCGGAGCGUUCAGGUGAGAGGAAAAAAAAGCCUGUACCGGAUAAGGAAGCAGGGAAGCACACCUUGGAGUUGGUUUCGAUGGAGCGUUCAGCUGAGAGGAAAGUCAGUAAGGCUGUACCGGAUAAGGAAGCAGAGGAGGAUGAUACUCUUGAACUUGGUUCGGUGGAAAAGUCAGAAAACUAUGGCGACGAUGAGUCUCUUUGGAUAGUGGUUACGACAACGAGGCGGCCAGCCAGGAAGAAACCUACCAAAAAGAAACAUUCCAAGAAGAAAAGCACUUCAAGGAGGCCGACGACUCUCCCGUCGGAAAAGGAAACUCCAGAGUCUCCCGAGGAGAUUACCAUGGAGCCCACUAAGGCAACUGCGACGGUUGGGAGACCAACUGAGAUUCCCAAGGAAUCUGGAGGCGAAGAACUCGAUGGAUUAGAAAAUGCCACCAAGGAAACUGAAAACUCCAAACCCAAUCCACAAGCUGAGAAUCCCGGAGAAUCUACUGUUAGUCCUGGUGAAUGGAAUCUUCUUAAAGGCAUCCGGGCCCAUCCUCCCGACUUCUUCAACUAUCCCCAAGCCGUAUGCCACGAGGACAUGGACUUGCACGAGGUGUUUGGCAUUAGUUUGGAUCGAGACCGAGGGCUGCCCAGCAAGGUCCUUUGCACGUUCAACAACAGCUGGGGCGGUCCCUGGCUCCUGACCACCCGCAUCGAGCUGCCGGUUCGCCUCCAUCUGCGCCAGUGGUUCUUCGGCUACUUAACGGAGGACUACAAGGACUUGAAUGCCAACUUUCUUGCCCUGGCCCACAUCAUGAACUCGAUGCGCACAGCCAUGCUGAUCAUUGGCCAGGAUAACAGCAACAGACUGGUCUACAAUCUCUACGACGAUGUGGUCAUCUCGAGUCUCAACGAUCUGUUCCUACUGCGCAAGGCAGAGCUGGUGGAGGCCAAUACCACCGAUCUGCUAUUCGUUUCCGUGGGCAAGGUCUUCAACCUCUUUUCCGGCCGAAAUCGGACGUGUCCUUUGCAAGUUCUGGGCGGCUGGUGGGCAUCGGAUCCCCACGCUGACUGCAUUUUUCCGGUCAACCGAAGCAUUACACUGCCCGGCUACGUGGCCUUCUUCAUCAAGCCCAGCCUGUUUCCGGUCAACCACACGGCUCUGUACCACAAGGUCAUCUCCACACGACGUCCCUGGUUGACCACCAAAAACGCGGUCCUCUGGGAGAAGUCAAAGAAGGACAAGUUCACCUACCAGAGGUUAAGAAACAUCGACUACGAAAGGAGCAGGAUAGAAGUGGGUUUCAAUCUACUCCACCGCGCUAACCAGAUGCUGGGCAUCGAAGAGGACAGGAAAAUCGAGGCCCUGAGACAAAAGAAGCGGGGAUUGUAGUAGAACUAGGAUACUUAGGGACAUAAGGGGUUACUUAUGAAUAGGAUGAGAGCUGGGUGGCUUUCAAUUACUCAAAAAGAUAGAACUUACCUAAGAAAUCACUCAAUAGUUUAGGGAUUAUAAUAAAAUACAAACAAUGAA